AUGGGCAAAGAGAAGACCCAUGUCAAUAUUGUUGUCAUCGGCCACGUGGACUCUGGCAAGUCCACCACUACCGGGCACCUCAUCUACAAGUGUGGGGGUAUCGAUAAGAGAACCAUCGAGAAGUUCGAGAAGGAGGCAGCUGAGAUGGGCAAGGGCUCCUUCAAAUAUGCUUGGGUGCUGGACAAGCUGAAGGCAGAGAGAGAGCGUGGCAUCACCAUCGACAUCUCCCUGUGGAAGUUUGAGACUAACAAGUUCUACAUCACCAUCAUCGAUGCCCCAGGCCACAGGGACUUCAUCAAGAACAUGAUAACUGGCACAUCCCAGGACCUGGGGUGGUGCAGGAAAGUCCUUGAAUCCCUGUGGGCCUUUUUUUGUAAGUUUCUGGGGGCACGCCCCUCAGCUUUACAAAGGGAUCUGGGCCUGCCGAGCGCCAGCCGGCUUCCCGGCCCGUCUGAGGCCCCCUGCCCCAGCCCCUUGUCCCGCCUGCAGGCCGACUGCGCCGUGCUCAUCGUGGCGGGCGGCGUGGGCGAGUUUGAAGCUGGCAUCUCCAAAAACGGGCAGACCCGCGAGCACGCGCUGCUGGCCUACACGCUGGGCGUGAAGCAGCUCAUCGUGGCGGUCAACAAGAUGGACUCCACCGAGCCCACCUACAGCGCCACACGCUUCCAGGAGAUCACCAAGGAAGUGAGCGCCUACAUCAAGAAGAUCGGCUACAACCCGGCCACCGUGGCCUUCGUGCCCAUCUCCGGCUGGCACGGCGACAACAUGCUGGAGCCCAGCGGCAACAUGCCCUGGUUCAAGGGCUGGAAGGUGGAACGGAAGGAGGGAAAUGCCACCGGGGUGACUCUGCUGGAAGCUCUGGAUGCCAUCCUCCCGCCCACUCGCCCAGUCAACAAGCCCCUGAGGCUCCCUCUGCAGGAUGUGUACAAGAUUGGAGGCAUUGGCACUGUGCCUGUGGGCCGUGUAGAGACCGGCUUCCUGAAACCUGGGAUGGUGGUCACCUUUGCCCCCACAAACCUCACCACAGAGGUCAAGUCUGUGGAGAUGCAUCAUGAGGCCCUGUCUGAGGCCCUGCCCGGUGACAACGUGGGCUUCAACGUGAAGAAUGUGUCCGUAAAGGACAUACGCCGUGGAUAUGUGGCUGGAGACAGCAAAAAUGACCCCCCCAUGGAGGCCGCCAGCUUUGUGGCACAGGUGAUUAUCUUGAAUCACCCCGGGCAGAUCCAUGCUGGCUAUACCCCAGUGCUGGACUGCCAUACAGUUCACGUCUCCUGCAAGUUUGCCGAACUGAAGGAAAAGAUUGACCGGCGCUCAGGCAAGAAGCUUGAGGACAACCCCAAGGCCCUGAAGUCGGGUGACGCAGCCAUUGUUCAGAUGGUCCCCAGCAAGGCUAUGUGCGUGGAGACCUUCUCAGAGUACCCACCUCUAGGCCGUUUUGCCGUGCGGGACAUGAGACAAACAGUGGCCGUGGGAGUUAUUAAGGCUGUGGAUAAGAAGUCAUCUGCUGGCAAGGUCACCAAGUCAGCGGCAAAGGCCAGCAAGAAGUGAGGCAUGCGGUUUCCUCAGCAAUCUUCCACUAUAAAAGCUACUGAAAAUUCUAUGUAUUUACCGAAUGAGAUUAAUAAAACGGAAGUAGCUGUC